AUGUUUGCGAUCUUCGUCCUGUCUCUGUACUCCUUAUACCUGAUUCCAUAUACCUUGUACAAGCUGUGUGGGAGCGGACCAGACGACAAGGUCACAAAGUCCUGGAGCACCAAAAAGGCCGGACAGAGUCUGGGGGAGCGUGUUGAGUCGCUAGCCACCAACCCUCUGGCCAUCCAGUAUACGUCGUCCCGAGCGAAUGCUGUGCAGCAGUUCGACCCCUUCCAGAUCCUGGAGCUGCCCAUCACUGCUGGCGACGCAGACAUCAAGAAGGCGUAUCGCAGGCUCUCCCUCCUGUACCAUCCGGACAAGAACCCGGACCCUUCCGCCGCGGACUACUUUGCCAACUACAUCUCCAAGGCAUACCAAGCCCUCACUGACGAGACUUCUCGUGAGAACUACCAAAAGUAUGGCCAUCCGGAUGGUCCUCAGGCCUACAGCGUCAGCGUGGCUCUGCCUGAGUGGUUCUUCUCAAAGGACAAGAACACUGCCCCCAUCAUCCUCCUGGUGCUGCUGUUUGGCGGGAUCGUGCUUCCCCUCGGACUGGCCGCCUGGUACCUCACCCGCUCCAACAAGUACACUGGGCCCAACCAGCUGCUGCACGAGACCAUCAUGCUGUAUGCGCAGGACCCCCGAUACGGGGUCAAGGAGUCACAGGCCCUGGCCCGAAUUCCCGACACGCUCGUGUGCGCCAUGGAAUUCAUCCUCAUGCCCAACGCCCCGGGCCAGAACGCAGCGCUGGAUGACCUGCGCCGCCGCGUGCUCUUCCUGCACCCCGACCUGAAGGAGAAGAGCCAGUUCUGGAAGCGGCGCGCCAGCAUCGUCAAGGCACAUCUGCUGGUCCUCGCCCACCUCUCGCGCGAACCCAUCCCUGCCGCGCUGACAAAGGACGCGAACUUCAUCCUGCAAAAGUGCCCGGCCCUGCUCAAGGAGCUCGUCGGCAUCGCCUGCGUCCCGCGGGUCCAGCCCGGGUACGGCUGGCUGGCGCCGGCGCUGGGGUCCGUGGAGAUGAUGCAGCACUUGGUCCAGGCCGUCCCGAUCCAGGCUCGGAAGGGAGGAAAGGGCGGCGAGGGGUCCGGCAACCUGCUGCAGCUGCCGGGCUUCGACUCCGACGUCCUUCGGCGCCUGGUGAAGAAGAAGGUCAAGACCCUGGCAGACCUGCGGGCCCUCGCGCCGGAGGAGCGGGCGGCCGCGCUGCGCGACGCCGGCCUGGAGUCGGAGGACCAGGUGGAAAGCGUGGAGACCGCGCUGGCGGCGCUGCCCACGCUGUGGGUCCGCGCGGAGGUGACGGACGAGGCGGGCGAGGCGGCCGACGGCGACGCCAGCGUGCUGGCGGGCGAGGUGCUGACGCUGAGGGUGCGCCUGGCGCUGACCCGUGCCGCGCACGCAGUGCCAGGCUUUGACUCCGACACCAUUCGCGGGGCGUCCUCCCUGGCGUACGCGCCGCAGUACCCCUUCCCCAAGGAGGAGGCCUGGUACUUCAUCCUGGGGGACACAUCGGCCAACGCCGCCAUGUGCCUGAUCCGGGCGUCCCUGGUAGCCGCCGAGGCCGCCGGCGCGCGCGCCGACGUGCGCGCGGUGGCCGCCGGGACGGACCCCGCGGCCGUGGACCCCCUGGCGGAGGAGGCCGACGCAGCGGAGGACGGCGCCGCGCCGCGGUACCAGGAGGUGAGCGCGGCGUUCCGCGCCCCGCUCAAGUCGGGGCGCCACGUCUUGACCUUGGCCUGCCUCCCGGACUCCUGCCUGGGCUGCGACCGGGCCGUGCCCAUCAAGGUCAGGGUGGUGGAGGCCACGCGCGCCGAGCGCGAGGGCCGCGCCCAACGCCUCGCCGCCGCCGUGGCGGCGGGCGAGGACGGCGAGGGCAGCUGGGAGCAGGUCGGGGCAUCUGACGCCGAGGAGGGCUCCGAGUCCGGAUCUGAGCGCGAGGAGGAGGAGGGAGAGUACGACAGCGACGAGUAUGGGACAGAGGAGUCGGGCGGGGAGAGCGAGGAGGAAGGGGAUGCCCCGCAGCCCGGCACCACCUGA